CAAGCUAGUUCACAGUAAUAAGCUUGGAGAGUAACUCACAGGGACUCCGCAGAACAAACAAUGGUUGUCUCAAGGCUUCACUGCUGCAUGUUCUACCUUGCGUGCAUCCUCAUUGAAAGCUGCACGUCUUUUAAGAAUGAUGCCACGGAAAUCCUGUAUUCCCAAGUGGAUAAACACACCCAAGAGAGUGCAAACAGCAGCACCCUGAACCAGGCUAGAAAUGGAGGAAGAAACACUGCUAACUCUGCUCUGGACAGGACAAAUCACCACCAGGUUGGAUGCAGAGAGCUGAGAUCUACCAAGUACAUCUCGGAUGGACAGUGUACCAGUAUCCAGCCUUUGAAAGAACUGGUCUGUGCUGGAGAGUGUCUUCCUCUUCCUAUUUUGCCCAACUGGAUCGGGGGCGGCUACGGGCUGAAAUAUUGGAGUCGAAGAAGCUCUCAGGAAUGGAGAUGUGUCAAUGACAAGACCCGCACUCAGCGUAUCCAGUUGCAGUGUGAGGAUGGCACAACUAGAACCUACAAAGUCACAGUGGUAACUUCCUGCAAGUGCAAAAGGUACACCAGACAGCACAAUGAAUCCAGCCAUAACUACGAAGGAGCUUCUCCAAUCAAACCCAUUCACUCUCAGCAACAUCAUCACUCCCACCACAACCGUGAUAAGAAAAGACUAAUCAAGAUGUCCAAACACAUUCCUAGCUAGAGAAAAGAUACAAAACGCUGAACUGCUUCUUUUGACUGAAUAUGUCUCCAAAAGACUGAAUUUGUAAAUGGAGAUGGAAAACCCGGGGGGUUUUUUUGUGAUAAAGAUUGUUCGUAUGGAGAACACACAUUAUAAAUAACACUUUCAUCCUAUUUUGUUCCACGUCAUUUUGAAGGACUGACGUAUCUUUUCCAGAGAAUAAAAGGAAGUUUUGUAUGUAAUACUUUUAUUGAAAAGUAAAAGGUGCUUCAAACAGGUUUAAACAAGUUAUGUACUAGAAUUGUAUCUUAAAAUAAUUUAUAAAGUCCCUCUUCUUGGUAUAUGGUCCUUAUACAUUUGGGCUGACAGCUGAAUAUUUUGUGGCAAGGAAGUAUUGGUUGCUAAAGGGAAAGAGUUUUCAUAGAUUUUGCUUUAAAUGUGUUUAAAGGUAAAAAAAAAUAACACUUGCAUAUAACAAGCCCUUUUUAACCUAGGCAGAAAAGUAUAUUAUAUUGAACAAUAAAUCCCCUGUAUUUAUUAAUAUAAGUGAGGGCUGGUCUGUACAUGGGAUUAUUUUUCCUACAAACCAGGGAUUUGCAACUGUGGCAACCCAGCCAUUGUUUAUUGGGGUAACUGGUAUAAAUCUACUCCCACUACUGGGAAGUCAUGUGCUGCAGACCCCUACUAUAGAAAAAUGAAGGUCAACAACACAUCAGCCAAUAAUGCUAAUGCUAAUAUUUGUUGAGAGCGCUUGUGUAAAAUGUGCUCACAAACUUUGGUGAAUAAAGUCCACUUUUGGGGCCAAAUGUUUGUCUUGAAAGGAAAGUAUAGCUAAGGGGCAGAUUUAUCAAUGGUUGAAUUGAAAAUUUAGAGUUUUGACCAAAAAAAAAAAUUCGAAAGCUCUAUAUUUGACUAGGGAGGUAACCAAAUUAGAUUUGAGUAUUUUAAAAAAAAUUCAAAUUCAAUUUUUGAGAUUUAUCAUACUCUGUCCCUUUAAGAAUUCAAAUUCGACUAUUCACCAUCUAAAACUUGCCGAAUUGCUGACAUUCAAGAUUCUUUCUGAGAAAAAACUCGAAUCGAGUUUGAUCCAAUUCAACUGAUCAAUAGUAAUGAUGAAUAGAUUUUCAGCUCUAAUCUAGCCAGAAUAAAAAUUCUUGUGCUUUACAAACAGAGAGAGAUGGUUGGCAAUUUUUUAAAAAUGUCCAUAAAAUGUGGGGUGGUUGAUUCCUAUAGGGAUAGAUUCAAUAAAACCCCAAAAUGCAUGAAACAUAUUUAUUAGUCCCUGGAGUUAUGCAAACAUCUACCACUCCAGCGUGACUUACCGCAAACCUCAUGUAUGCGACCUGUGACAUUUUAAAAGGUUUGAAAGCUUUCUGAAUGUGAUUUUCAUCUGUACAGUUCAUUCUGUUUUAUAGCUUUUUGAGUAUUUUCCUACAGUUUGUAAGUAGAUUGCCACCUGCUAUAUUUUUUUGUAGAUAAUGUAAAAUAAAUAUGUAGUAUUUGUGGUAUAUUUUUACAUUGUGAUAUUUUUAUUAGCACAGUAUAUUUGAAUGUUCAUUAAAAGCUAUUUUGUGCAAUCCAGAA